UUUAUUCAUUGUGAUUUUUCUUCUCGAACAUUGUGGGCGCUUUUAGAGCUAAAAAAGUUUCCUCUCUUGCAUUUAUUCAGCAAAACCAAAUUUAAUUGUGACUAAUCUAUCCAACAUUGUGACCAAUAACCAAUAAAAGAAACUAAAUCCAAUUUAGGUGAACAAUCUAAUGAAAAAAAAGAGUAUAACAUUGAUAGGAAAAAAAGACGUAUAUACUUUGAGCAUCUUUUGCACAAUAGUGACUUGCUACUGAGUUUUAUUCAAAACCCACAAAGUGGAAGGACAAAGCUGAGUACUAAUUGGAAAAUUGGGAAAAAAGUCUAAAUAGAGCAAUCAAGUUACUAGCGUUACAAAAAUAAAGAAAAAGGAGUAGAAUAAGACUUAAUAAUAACAUCGGUGACUAAAUCGCACGCUUUAUUUGCAAAGAGUGUAGCUGUUGCUGAUCAAACAAAGAAAACUGCCAAUUGUCCGGAAGAUCAAACGUUGGUGUGAGGUGAGUGCAUUCCUACUCGAAAAUAAGGAGAUACAAACAAAGAAAACGCCAGUCAUUUUGCAAACUUAUAACCCCUCUUGUGAGUGCGGCAGAUAGUGGAUCCAAACGACAAACCAAGUUGAGUAAAAACCACUUCAAAGCUGAAAAGCCACAACGCAAUUGGUUUGUUUGUGUGAGACGCGGAAUAGCACGCAAAGUUGCGGCGUUUACCAAUUUCAACUGUGGAGUAAAAACGUAGAAAAAGUUGUAGAACAAAAUCCAUAAAAACCAACAAAAGCACAAAUUGUUGAAAACAACACCAACAAAACGUAAACAAUAACAAACGACGCAAAAAUGCCAGCUGAUUCGGUUUCAAGAAUGGAAUCCAACGGAACUGGUGGCGAAGGAAAUGCCCCCGAGAAUUUGCUCGGUACUUCACCUGGUGCCUCUAGUUUGCGUAGUCGAACUGAAAGUGAAUGCUCCGACAAAUUGGCGCGCUUCGUUUUACCCAGCAUGGAUGGCAGUCCACCAAAGGUGCUAACACUCAACGAAGUGGGUGACGUGCUAAAGAAUAUACAAAAUAUGGAACUGGUGCAUGAAAUCGCUAUCAAUCCUGAAUUUAAGUUUGAACCAUAUGAACCACCAGAGAACAGUCUCGAACGCCGCAUCAAGGACAUCAUGCACAAAGCUUUCUGGGAUGUGUUGCGCGGUCAACUGAAUGAAAACCCCCCUUGCUACGAUCACGCUAUUCAAUUGCUAGCCGAGAUUAAGGAUUGCUUUCCGCAAAUAAUUUCGCAAAAUAAUACACGCGCCUUGCAGCACAUCAACGAAAUACUUGACAUCGAUGUGAUAAAACAGCAGGCCGAGGAGGGCGUGCUAGAUUUUAGAGCUUAUGCCAAUUUUGUCAUACAUCUUAUGGCGAAGUCAUGCGCGCCCGCACGAGAUGAGCUCGUACGACAGUUGACCGAGAUCGAAGAUGUGGUGGAUACUUUUAAAAAUAUACUUGAAACAAUGGCGCUAAUGAAAUUAGAUAUGGUGAACUAUUUACUUGAUUUUGCACGCAACGAUAUCAUGGCAAAUUCGGUGGAAUAUGAGAAAAAGAAAUUCAAAGAAUAUUUGGAGUAUUACAAAUUUGGUUUCCCCGCUACCGAAAAUUGGCUAAAGAACAGUUGUAUUCACGAUGCCAACAAUAAGCCCUGCUCGCCAGAGCAAACCAUUUCUAAUGCCUAUAUGGAGCUCAUGGAUUGGGAUGAGUCUAAGGAAUUUCCCGAAGUGCUUUCCAUUGACAAGGAACGUAUUUUAAAAUUGGGGCAGCGCGCCAAACGUCUUUGUACAUGUGCUGCUGUCAUUUCUAUUUGCUCGGGAGUGCCGGUUAUUUCGCAACGUACCGAAAAUCGUGUCGCACUCGCCAAGCAAAUCGACAUCAUCUUGCAAGGCACCACCAAUGAGAAAGAGCUCUUGGAUUCGAUUGAAAACGUUUGGUUGCAAGUGAAAACCGUUAUAAAUGAGUACUUGCAAAAGGAGGACCAGCCGGUGAUCGACGCUAAUACAGAAGGCAUGCUAAAGUCGCAAAUAAUGCAAACGGGUAAUAAAGAUUCGCCUGUGCGCACAUUGAUGUGGAAACGUUUCCAAACAUAUUUCCGCUUGGCAAUGCGCUCACGCGCUGGUUUACCACCACCACCACCAGGCUAUGCUGACUUCAAAGAUGAGCUGGAAGCCUAUUGCACUGCCUUAAAACGCGUAAUUGCCUACAAUCAUUCCGUCUUCGGUGAAUACUUUAUGAAAGUCUUAACACAACAACGCGUUACAAGCAGCGAUACAACCACAAGUGCUGCUGCAGCUGCCGCAAGCGCUACCGAGAGCGUGGAGCCGGUGUCUAGUAGUGCGGCUGCCGUUACCGAGGAGAAGUCUGUUAAUAGCCAAUAGUGGAAGUAUGCAAAUUAUAUCGCAAACAAUGGGCGGCAACAAGUCGCGCGUGUGAUGAUGCGGGUAUCGGGUCGGACACCGUGCUGCAAUUGCCACAAAAUGAUUUAGCCAACUGGAUGUUUUGCAGACAAAGAACUAGCGACGACGAUGCGCCCACUUUGCUCUGCCAGCGGUGCUUGUGCAUAUAUUCAAUAGGUGUAUGACUGAAGCAACCACAACCAAGUGAUUUAGGCAAAUGUGUAGGCAAAUGAGAGUUUUUCACUAUUCUGGAACUAGCACUCGUAUACCCCCACAGGAAAUGGAUAAUAAUAGAAACAAGAAAACUUAAAUAUGAUAAUGAAGAAAUGCAAAGUCGAAAAUCGGCAAAUUUAAUAAGCAAAAACAAAAAAAAAACAGCAACAACCACAAAUUAUAAAUUUAUUCAUUAAUUUCACGUGCUAUUAUUUAUACAAAAUUGUUUAACAAAAUGAAUGAAUGAACAAAAAGGAAAAUUAAUUGUGAAAAUAUAAAGCAGUAGCAUUUUUAAUUUCAAUAA